AGAUUUUAGCCUCUGAUUUAAAUUUUAAUUCUCAUUUUAACGAGGAAACCAAAACACGAUUUUUCAUUUUAGGAAUGAAAAUCAAAUUGGAAGUCCAUUAAGUUUUAAAUCAGAAAGAUGCUUUUAUUAGACGUUGUUUGGAUUACUGUAACUCUCUUUUUACGGGAUUUCCUAAAAAGUCCAAAAGAAAGCGACACAUCACUCCACUCCUGAAGACACUGCACUGGCUGUCUGUAUCUUUUAUCAUUUAUUUUAAUGUUAUUUUCUGUACAGCAAAAGGAGGAGAUAUCACAGGCUGUAUUAUACCGAGAGUACACCUUUCAUGGAGCUGCAGUCUUAACCUGUUGCCGUGACAGCUGUACUGUCUCUUUAAGAGACCCGGAAGCGGUUCCGUGCUGUGUGUUCACUGGUCGCGGGUUCGAGCUCCCUCCCGGCGAUGAUACCCCACCCUGUGUACCCGGUUAUCUGGGCUUUCCGCGUCAGUACGAGGUGCUGGCGGCACCGGACUGUCCUCAAAUCGGCUCUCGGGGCCUCGGACGUCAGCGUUUGGCGCCGGUACUCGACCCCAAUUCGUGGCGCUGUCGCGGGCAUGGAGGAGAUACUGGCGAGGGUCGUUGCACCUUUACCCACAUACGAAACGAGAGACAAAUCCCCUCCUCCUCCAGAAUCAAACAGCCUGGAGUUCAUGCACUUCUACAGCAGCCUCGACAAGGAAGACAAGCUCGGCGUCCUGACGAAGCUGUCGCAAGACUUCGGAGUGGACCACAAAAGCGUUUCAGAGCUCGCCGCGAAGCUCUUGGACACUCAGCUGCGAGACAUGGCGACCAUUUUGCAGGUCGAAGACAGGCUCCGCUACAGCCUGACUCCCAGUUAUAAACAGCUGCUGAACCACAUCAGCAGGGUCGAGGGGGGAGUGAAGUUUCUGGUGGAUCUCCGAGCCGAUGUGCUUGGAAUAAUCUCAUCCAAAGCUAGCGAGAGCCCGCACAUCAGGGACCUGAAUGGCACGCUGAAGAGCUUGCUGUCUGAGUGGUUCUCGGUAGGUCUGCUCCGACUGGAGAGAAUCACCUGGCAGUCCCCCUGCGAGAUCCUGCAGAAGAUCAGCCAGUAUGAGGCAGUGCACCCUGUGAGGAACUGGACUGACCUGAAGCGCAGAGUGGGGCCGUACCGCCGGUGUUACGCCUUCACCCACGCUGCCAUGCCAGGAGAACCCCUGGUUGUACUACACGUGGCUCUCACUGAGGACAUCUCUGAUAACAUUCAGAGUAUCGUCCGUGAGUUUGCCACUCUUGACUCUGAGGAGGAUGUGAAUAAGAUAAAUGCAGCCAUCUUCUAUUCCAUCAGCUCCACCCAGGCUGGCCUACAAGGAGUGGAGCUGGGCAACUAUCUCAUUAAGAGGGUAGUCAGAGAACUACAGAGUGAGUUCCCUCACAUGGCCCAGUUCUCCAGCCUGUCUCCAAUCCCAGGCUUCUCCUCCUGGCUCCAAGGCUUGCUCAGCCAGUACAGGAAAGAAGGCCGGGGCUCUGACCUCCUCUCUGAGCAGGAGUGGAAGGAGGUUGAACAGGCCACUGACUCAGCCACGGGGGCCCCAGCCACCGAGGCCCUCCGCAAGCUGAUCAGCACCAGCGAGUGGAUGCAGUCUGAGCGGUUGUGCCGUGUCCUGGAGCCCGCCUUGAUGCGUCUCUGUGCCUGGUACCUCUACGGGGAGAAGAGGCGAGGCUACGCUCUCAACCCGGUGGCCAACUUCCACCUGCAAAAUGGCGCCACCAUGUGGCGGCUCAACUGGCGUGCCGACACCAGCCCUAGAGGUGUGGCGAACUCCUGCGGUCUUAUGGUGAACUAUCGUUACUUCUUGACCGAGACGUCUAAAAACAGCGCACUUUACCUGCAGAAUAAGUUCAUCACGGCAUCAGAGCAGGUGCUGGGACUGGUGUCCCAAUUUCAUAAGAACAGCAAACUGUGAGAAAGAGACAAGGAUACACCCAUGAAUACACCUCUGCACUUGAUGUCACUAAUAUAUUGACUUGAAACUUUAAAUAAAAUGUAUUUAAUUAGUUUUAGUAUGUGACAUGUUUCAUAUAAAUAAGAAGCUGCAUUGAAUGGACAUCAGCUGAUAUUGUUUUUUAAUUGAAAUGAGAACAUUUCUCACAUGAUGUUCUUCUGUAUGCUAGGUUAGGCUUAUUGCCUCAUUGGGUUUCUGGUUGAAGCUGUUUGAUAUUGUGUAAGUGCUUCCCAGGCUGAGAGACUGUAGCUAAUGAAGCACGAGGCAUCUAUCAAUGCUUUACCAUGUUCCUGGAUAACAGUGUGUAUAAUGGUGAAGCAGGAGCAACAGGGGAGUGCAGCUACUGGAGUAAAUGAUGUUUUAGGUUCUUUCAUUUGGCUAAACUGUCUUACUGCAGACAUGCUGAAUAUUGGAUUUCAUCUUUUUUUUUUUCUUGGUUCGGGUUUAUGCACACCUGCUGUUAAACUGAUUAUUUCCACUAAAGCGCAAUACACAAAGGCAUGAAAUCACUAACUGGAAAUAUUAUUUCAUAUUAAAUAACUCUAAACAAAACUGGAAUUUUUUUUGCCGUAUAUCAUGACUACUCAUAUUUUACGGUCGACUGUCCUCACUGAUCCACUGGGCUGGACCCUCCUGGUACCGCCAUUCAGGUGUUUUUUUUUUUGUAAUUGUGCACACAUAUAUACACACACACACACAAACACACACCACCAACCCUCCAGAGAGCAAUCGCUGAUGUUCUAACUGUUCUGUACAGGUGCCAAGCAGGGCUCAUAUCAGCCCACACCCCAUUGUUGUGAAAUAAUAUAUCACAGCAAGUUGACUGUGAAAUUACAUUUUAUCUCUCCAAGGAGCCAAACUUUCUUUUCAUUUUUUCACAUUCUCUAUCUCCCUCCCCCACCCCCUUUUCUCUCCCUGUGCCGCUCUGUGU